AUGCUCUGGCCAUUGUUUUCUACGACUAAAAUAUUGGUUAUAUUGCUGACGCUAGUGAUCAUCUUCCAAAUUUUCCCUAUACUUUCGGUUCCACUGACUGAUAGCAUUGCACUCUGUACUCAUGGAGGAUUGACAUAUGGGGUAUUCGGCUGGUGUCAGAUAUUGGGGCCCAACAAAUUUUGUACUAAGCCACAUAUUGGUUAUGCUGAGAUCUAUAAGGAUGCUUCCCUCGUGUUACCUUCAAGCUCAAAAUUCCCAGUAUCUAAACUGUUAAUAGUUCAUGUCUUUGCCCUGGCAAAUACAACGGUCUUAUGGAUUAUUGUGUUAUUUAUUAACUUUACAGAUCUUGGGAGACAACCUAGGUUCCUUCUUCUCGGCGCAGUGAUUUCACUACCAGAUUUUGUACUCUCCCUUUUCUCCUUCUUGGUUGACAUACUACUCUUUGCAAACCAUUUAGGUUGGCCUGGCUGGCUUGGCUUCUCUUCUGUUAUAAUGAUAGCUCCGGUUUGUUCUAUGUUAUGGUCCUACAGAAGAACAGUUUCUAUAAGGAAUUACGAAGCAUUGAAAAAUGAGGUGGAAAGAAUAUCUUCCAUUGAAGCAUACUCAAUAAAUGGUUUGGAUGGCGUUGCUAUUCAAAGUACACAUUCACAGAGCGAAAUUGCAGUACCAAAAACAAGGUUUGCUCGACCAGGUUCCACUUACGAAAGCUCCAUUCUUGCAUAG